AUGGACCUGCUACGCAUUCAGAUUCCUCAUGAAGAUCCACUAGUCGUCAGUCUGACGAUUACAGAGUGCCUGGUUCGAAGAGUCCUGAUUGAUCCAGGAAGUAGUGCGAAUGUCAUGCCCAGGGUGACGUUCGAUCGACUGGAGAUCGAACCCGAAAAACUCAAACCCACAGGAAAUCCGUUGCUCGAAUUUGAUGGGAAGCGAGUGGAACCCAUUGGAAUGGUGGAAUUGAUAGUACAAGCUGCUGAGCGGGUUUUGACUGAAAGUUUUGUGGUAGUGGAAAUUCAUCCAUCAUACAACCUCUUGAUGGGCAGAGGAUGGAUUCACAGAAUUCAGGGCGUUCCGUCAACCUUACAUCAAGUGAUGCGAUGUUUGGGUCCGGAUGGGACCAAGGUGAUAGAUAUACACAGGGACCAGGUUGCGGCUAAAAAAUGUUAUUCAGUAACUUUGAAAUCUGCUGGAAAAGCUGAGGAGGUUGAUCGGCUGCUUGAAGCCGGAUUCAUCAGAGAAGUUCAGUACCCGGCCUGGCUCUCUAACGUUGUUGUAGUGCAGAAGAAGAAUGGGAAAUGGAGAGUAUGCAUCGACUUCACUAACCUGAAUAAAGCCUGCCCAAAGGAUAAUUUCCCAUUGCCCAGGAUUGAUCAAAUGGUAGAUGCCACCACAGAAUAUGAGCGGUUAACCUUCCUGGAGGCUUAUUCCGGUUAUAAUCAAAUUCCUAUGGACCUAGUUGAUGAAGAGAAAACUUCAUUUGUUACUGAACGAGGGACUUAUUGCUACAAAGUCAUGCCAUUCGAAUUAAAAAACGCUGGAGCUACUUAUCAGAGGCUGAUCAGCAAGAUUUUUAAGGGCCAAAUGGGUAGCACUGUCGAGGCUUAUAUUGAUGAUAUGGUGGUCAAGAGUAAGAAGAAGAGCGAUCAUUUAGCGCACCUGCAAGAUGUGUUCGGUGUGUUGCGCCAGUAUGGGAUGAAGCUUAAUCUGGCCAAAUGCUCAUUCGGCGUAAGCUCCGGUCAAUUCCUGGGACAUGUGGUCAAUCAUAGAGGAAUUGAGGUCAGCCCAGCGCAGGCAGAAGCCUUGAUCAGAAAUGCAGAGCCAAAGACAAUUAAAGAGGUGCAGGCACUCACAGGCCGGAUAGCCGCACUGAGCCGAUUUAUUUCCAAGCUUUCAGACCGCUGUAAACCUUUCUUUGAUAUAAUUCGAGGGCACGGAAGACAAACCUGGGGGGAUGAGCAAUGGCAGGCGCUAACCAGCCUGAAGGAGUACAUGCGUAGUCCUUCGGUUCUGUUUGCUCCAGAACCGAAUGAGAAACUCUUUCUAUAUCUCGGGGUGUCCAGUAUAGCAACCAAUGCCGUUCUGAUCCGUUGCAAAGAGGGCAAGCAGUUCCCGGUGUUUUAUGUUAGCAAGAUAAUGCCUGAACCGGAGAGAAGGUACUCUAGGGCCGAACAAAUGAUCUUGUCGCUGGUCAACGCAAAAAGGAAGCUUAGACAUUAUUUUGAAUCCCAUCCAAUCGUCGUUUUAACAACUUUCCUUUUGAGAAUGAUCCUGCACAAACCGGACCUGUCGGGGAGAAUGACCAAGUGGGCCAUUGAAUUGAGUUCAUUUGAUAUCGCGUACGAGCCCAGGACGGCAAUCAAAGGUCAAGCGGUGGCGGAUUUCCUACUUAACUGUGAUGCUGAAGAUACGGUGGCGGAUUUCCUACUUAACUGGUGGAAGCUCUUCGUGGACGGCUCCUCGAAUCAAAUGGGGGCCGGGAUUGGAAUUCAAUUGCAAACACCUGAAGGAACUACGCUGAGCCAAGCGAUAAGACUAGAGUUCAACGCAACCAACAAUGAGGCAGAAUACGAGGCAUUGAUAGCUGGGAUGAAGUUGGCUAAAGAACGAAAGAUCAAGAAUCUGAUUGCUUAUAGUGAUUCACAACUAGUCAUUCGACAAGUCAAUGGGGACUAUAGGGCCAAGGAUAAGACCAUGGAAGCAUACCGAACUGCGGUUCUACGUGAGGCGAAAGCCUUUGAUCAGAUCAGGUUUAUCCAAUUGCCGAGAGAGUAUAACGAAGAUGCCGACCGCUUGGCUUGUAGUGCAUCCAGUUCUGGAGAUACUUUAGCUAGGGUCAUCCCGGUCGACAUACUAAUCCAACUUUCCAUUUUUGAAGAGCUGCCUAAUCCGAGCACUCAGCAUGUUAAUGUUAUACCAUAUGAGCCGAGCUGGAUUGAUCCAAUCAUGGCUUACAUACAUAAUGGUACACUCCCCGAGCGUAAGGAUGAGGCAAGAAAAAUUAGGUCCAGCGUAGCAAAGUACGCCAUUGUGCAUGAUCAGUUGUAUAGACGCUCCUUCUCGGGUCCAUAUUUGAAGUGUGCUACCCCUGCAGAAGCUAGACAGAUUAUGCGAACCAUUCACGAGGGAGUAUGCGGAAAUCAUUCCGGAGGAAGAUCUUUAGCACACAAAGCAAUGACACAGGGGUACUUCUGGCCAAACAUAGCACGAGAUGCAGAAAAAUUCUCUACAAGAUGCGAUAAAUGCCAGAGGUUCGGGUCAUUGAUACAUCAACCACCUAAAGACCUGCACGUAAUGGCCACCCCAUGGCCUUUCGCACAGUGGGGGAUGGACGUGGUUGGCCCUUUGCCGACUGCAAGAUCACAGAAUAAGUACGUUCUGCUAGCUACUGAUUACUUCACCAAAUGGGUAGAAGCAGAGCCGUACCCUAGUGUCACCUAA